GGGAAAGCUUGGUAACUUCUGCGUGUGGUCACCUCAGCCAGAACUGUUGAAGAGUUUUCUCCUGGCAGGAAUGAUGACGUGCGUGUUCUGUUAUCCACUUGCACGAUGUAUUACGCCUGACCGUUCCAUUUCCCCUGCUAUUGAGUGGUAGAUGGUGGAUUAGUACUUCGAGCCUACGAGAGAGGCUGCAUGGGAACAUAAUGGGAUCUCGCAUCAUUUUUAAUGGAAGAACUCAAAAGGCUCCAACACACCUUGGAACAGGUCAAUGAUGGCAAAGACUUGCUUCAAAGCCACCAGCUUGCCAUGGAUGAAGAAAAUAAUAUCGAAAAAUAUCAUAUCAACUUACAGCCCUUGGAAUCAAAAGUGAAAAUUAUCCAGCGAGCAUGGCGUGAGUACCUGCAGCGCCAGGACCUCCCACACCACGAGCAGCUGGACAAGCGCAGUCCCUCCCCACCAUCCCUCUCCUCAGACAAGAUGAGCAGGUCCAUCAGCAUGAACACCUUUUCCGACAGCAGCACUCCGGACUCCCGGGAGGAUGGGAUGGAUUUAGGGAGCGACGCCGGCAGCAGCCGCUCCAGCUCGGAGUCCAACUCCAGCAAAGCCACGCCGUGCUCGGAGGGCAAGUCCUCGCCGUCCCCCAGCAGCCUGGACCUGGCGGCGCUGGAGGAUUCGGAGGAGGAGGAGGAGGAGGACGGGGGCUACCUGCCCUCCCCGCCGGCGCGCCGGGAGCCGCCGCGCUGCCCCGCCGGCGAUGCCCGCUGCCGCGCCGCGCCCGCCCGCCGGAGCGGCUCGCCCGCCGCCGCCGCCGCCCUCCGCCCGCGGCCGCACCAGCGUCCGCCGCCGCUGCCCCCGCAGGAGCGGCGGCGCGGCGGGGCGGCGGGACCGGGCGGGCGGCGGGCGCGGCGGGGCGGCGGAGCGCAACCCCCGCGGGAACCGCAACCGCCGGCCAUGGACUGGGCGGCCCUGGAGAGGCACCUGGCGGGGCUGCAGUGCCGGGAGCAGGAGCGCGGCCAGCGGGCCGACCCCGCCUCGGCCCAGAAGAAUGAGCGGGAGUCCAUCAGGCAGAAGUUGGCUCUGGGCAGUUUCUUCGACGAUGGCCCGGGACUUUACACCAGCUGCAGCAAGAGCGGCAAGCCGAGCCUCUCCUCCCGAUUACAAAGUGGGAUGAACCUGCAGAUUUGCUUCGUGAACGACAGCGGCAGCGACAAGGACAGCGAUGCUGAUGACAGCAAGACAGAAACCAGCCUGGACACGCCGUUGUCGCCCAUGAGCAAGCAGAGCUCGUCCUACUCCGACAGAGACACGACGGAGGAAGAGUCAGAGUCCCUCGACGACAUGGAUUUCCUCACCAGGCAAAAGAAACUCCAAGCUGAAGCCAAAAUGGCCUUGGCUAUGGCGAAGCCCAUGGCCAAAAUGCAGGUUGAGGUGGAAAAGCAGAACAGGAAGAAAUCGCCGGUAGCGGAUCUUCUGCCACAUAUGCCUCAUAUAAGUGAAUGCCUGAUGAAGAGAAGUUUAAAACCCACUGAUCUAAGAGACAUGACUAUCGGGCAGCUACAAGUGAUAGUCAAUGAUCUCCACUCACAGAUAGAAAGCUUGAACGAGGAGCUGGUGCAGCUGCUGCUCAUUCGGGACGAGCUGCACACGGAGCAGGACGCCAUGCUGGUGGACAUCGAGGACCUGACCAGACACGCCGAAAGUCAGCAGAAGCACAUGGCAGAGAAGAUGCCGGCAAAAUGAACCCCGGAGCGCCGGGAGCAGAGCUGGAGCGAGACUUCAUUUUGCUUCUGUGUGUGUCCAAGCGCUGAUGUCCACGGUGGCGCACGAGAAAACCAGUGUUAGUCAUUGACCAUGUCUGAAGCUUUAUGUCCGGUGAUUGGCCUCUGCUUCUUAAUUUAUUUUAAUUUUUUUACUCGUGCCACUAAAUAUCAGGCAUUUUAAUAAUAUUAUUACAAAAAAUGUACAGUACUUAUAACAUUAUAAAUCAUGGGUGAGAAGAGAGGGUAGUUUAACUUUAUUUUUGUUUGUUUAGAGAUUUUCAGUUGAACGAUAUUUUACCAUUGACUACUUUUUUAUUCUUCACUGUAGUUUUAAAAUAAAGAAACUGUACUUGACGGUGCUAUACAAGUCAAAAAAAUACAUGCCUGCCUCGUAGUGAAGUUGUAGCUUUCAGUAAUAUGUAUAUUUUAAUCAGUUUUCAACAUUUUGUGAAUGUUGACUACCUGACAUUCAUUUUUAGAUGUGCUAUUAACAUUCGGUUGGAUUCAGAGAGUUACCUUGAAAGUUUUAUGUAUAAAUAUGUAAAAUAAAAAUUUAAAAAAUUGUUUCAUA